CUUGAAAUUCAGUAUGUCCUCGCGAGCACGAGUAUCCAUUAGGCACUAUGGCUGAUGAUGUCCAGCUGGACGAGAUAUCCCGGAAGGCACAUUCUUCGAGGAACGCACCCUUCAAAGAGUGAGUCAACGCCGCAUGUCAUCGAUUGAUCCCUCUUUCCAGCGACAAGCGAUAGAUGGUCUUGACGCUGGACUCGACCAGAUCAUCAUUGGUCUUGAUGGAGAAAAUGAUAAUGAUAGCGAUGGAGUGGAUGACGAUAUUCCCUCUGGAUGUAGCGACAGUGACGAUGAACAGAUCAUCCAGAGCUUAGAAGAGCGACUAUGGUAUCCUCCCUCUCCAACGAACAAUGUCGUCGCUAGACCGAAGUUUAACCUAGCUCUAGAGAUCUCUGGAGGCGGUAUCACCCCAAGUACCACCAGCGGAGGUGAUGAGCCCAGUGCGGCCAACGCCGCUGCUGCCGUUGCCACGACCAUCACCGCAUCCGGAAGCAACGCCAAUGGAUUUUCUCAGCUUGAAUAUGCCGCUUUGACUGACGGUCUCAUCACAAAUUCAACGAGCGCCUUGGUUAAGGGUGGAUUGCCGUAUAAUAUCGAAUUCAACGACGUCGGUUAUAUGGCCGAUGUACAGAUUGGGACACCACCAAGGACGUUUGUCUUCCUCAUGGAUUCUGGAAGUGCAGAUACUUGGGUCCCAUCGACACAAUGUGGCGCUCAAUGUGGCAGUCACACUGCUCUCGGAUCCGACGUCAGUAGCACCUUUCAGGCAUCAGGUCAACAAUGGGCUACUCAGUACGGCUCUGGAUCCGUCGCUGGAGUGCUCUGUUCAGACGACAUGAGUAUAGCGGGGAUGAAGUUGCAAAACAAGGUCUUUGGCGUCUCGCUCCAGGAAUCGGUUCAAUUUAGCUCCAAAACCGUCCCCUUUGACGGCCUCAUGGGUCUCUCCUUUGACAAAUUGUCCAACCAAGGUGUCAUUACGCCUAUUGAAGCGCUCGCUCAAUCUGGUCUCGUCAAAUCAUCUAUCAUGGGGUACGCUUUGGGCAGAGUAGCAGACGGAAACAAUGAUGGAGAAAUCGUCUUUGGUCAAGCCGACCCCAACAAGUUCGAUCCAUCUACAACCCAGACUAUGGCAGUCUCGUCGAGUAACGGAUUCUGGCAAGUCCCCCUUGGGGCAGUCAUCGUCAAUGGAGAUACCGUCGUGUCUGGACGACAGGUCAUUUUGGAUACAGGCACCAGUCUGAUGGUCGCUCCGGAGCCAGACGCGGAUGCGUUUCAUGCUCAGAUUGCUGGAUCACAAAGCUUGGGCAAUGGAAUGUACAGUAUACCUUGCACGACAGAGGCCAAGGUGUUCUUUCAAUUUGGAAACGCGGCAUUUCAGAUGGACGUCCAGGAUCUCUUGUUCCAACCUACGACGAGCGAUCUCACCGGGCAAUGCGUUUCGUCCCUGUCAGCAGGCACAGUGACGGACGAUCAAACCUGGCUCCUGGGAGAUGCGUUCUUGAAGAACGUCUACUUCACGACCUCGGUGGCAGACAAGACGGUUCAAUUAUCGGCUCGGACAGACGUUCCUGAUUCUUCAUCUUUUGGUAAAUCAAAUUCGGCAGCCGCUGUACAAGCCCUCAAGGAGAAUACAAAGACGGGUGGUGCGGCCCUUCAACGGAGGGACAUUGGUCGAUCAAAAGGAUGGGGACUGAUGACUGCUGGUGGUCUUGCCGCGUACUUUGCACGGCUGUUCUGAGGGAUUUGGCAAGCACGCAGGAAAAUUUGUACAGUACAUAGUUGGGAGGUGCCGUUUAGAUUGUUAGUGCAGUGCAAAUUAGACCUUUCUAAGCGGCAAAUCAAAGACAGAUGUAAGACAAUCUAGAAUGCAUGCGCAGACAAUGAGCUAG